UUUGGAACCCUGACUUCAAACUCAUUCACAUAAUUAAGACAUCCUCAACCUCAACAAAAACCAAACUCUCUCUCCUCUCUCUUUCUCGCAAGCAAGAAACUAUGAAGAUCAGCAUCAGCAGCGGCGGCAAGAAAAGGAUCUCGAGCAGAGGGCUCAGCGGAGUCUUCAGGGAACAAAGGGCUAAGCUCUACAUCAUCAGACGAUGCGUCGUCAUGCUACUUUGCUACCACGACUGACUGACUCACGUCUUCGGGUCGGGUUAAAUCUAUUGUGGCUGCCUCAACGAAAGGAACUCAAUCGUUGCGAAAUGUUUCUUUCGUCAGAGCUCCUUGAAAUAUUGUCCAAUUUAGUUCCUGUCUGAUAGGACACGAGACGAUGAUGUUUUUCUUUUGUUUUGGUUCUCGACUACGUUAAUUAGAGUACUGUAAAUAGCUGCGGCGGGAGAAGUGGUCCAUUAGUUCUAGGUUUUGACAAUUUUGUACUAAUUAAUAGGCCGUAAGGGCUUCUUAUUGUAUACAAAUAGAUGGAAUCAUGAAACUAUUAUUUUGAUUCAA